AUGGGCCCCUGUACCGCCUCCUCAUGCUGCUGCCAGGCCCGUAAUCUGCCAUGGGCCCCCGUACCGACUCCUCAUGCUGCUGCCAGGCCCGUAAUCUGUCAUGGGCCCCUCUACCGCCUCCUCAUGCUGCUGCCAGGUCCAGAGUGUGACAUGGGUCCCUGUACGGCCUCCCAUUGCUGCUGUCUCCAUCGCCACACUCUGCCAUGUGCCACUUUCAGGUCUCCUCACACUGCUGGUGGGUUCCAUUUUGUCAUAGGGUGCUGUAUGGCCUCCCAUUGCUGCUGCCUCCACCGCCACACUGUGGCUCCACUCUCUGGUUUUGGCCCCGUGACUGCCCAAAUUAGUGAAGUGUGCGGUGAUUCUAAGAUCGACGGCACUCAUCUGCAUGUCAUACUGACUGACAGUAUUAUUUCUCUUCCCCAGCAGACUCCAAGGGCAUUUAAAUUAAAGGUACAGUGUUCUGCACUAAUAUAA